GACUCUGUCUCAUGAAAAACAGAAAAAAGAAAACUUGUCUGUUGGUCUGCCCUGCCGGGUAGAGUUCAGAGAGAAGGUCAUCAGAGAGAAGGUCAGGAGCCUGGUGACAGCUCACAAAAAAACUCCAAAGGCCCCUUUUGCCUUUCAUUCUUGUGUUUUCUACACACUAAGCUCACAUCUUGGGUUUGUAGAUGGCUCUCAGCUCGGCUGCAGCUGAGGUCCCCACCCUCAACCCUGCCCCUUCCUUCCUGGAGCUGAGCUAAGUCCCAGCCCUGACUCCAGAUCCCUCCCACAUUGAACCUUCAAAACCUUCAGUGCAGAGCGCAGCCCUGCACUCCCCACACCGCAACCACACUCAACCCCUGCAGGCCAGGAGAGCAGGAGUCCAGGUUCCAGAGAGCUCAGGAACAUGGAGCUGAACCAGGACACCACCCGCCGGCCUCUGGAGUAUGUGAAGGGGGUCCCGCUCAUCAAGUACUUUGCAGACGCACUGGGGCCCCUGGAGAGCUUCCAAGCCCUACCUGAUGACCUGCUCAUCAACACCUACCCCAAGUCUGGCACUACCUGGGUGAGCCAAAUACUGGACAUGAUCUACCAGGGCGGUGACCUAGAGAAGUGUAACCGGGCUCCUAUCUAUAUACGGGUGCCCUUCCUUGAGCUCAAUGAUCCAGGGGAUCCCUCAGGGCUGGAGACUCUGAAAGUCACACCGUCCCCACGUCUCAUCAAGUCACACCUACCCCUGGCCCUGCUCCCCCAGACUCUGUUGGAUCAGAAGAUCAAGGUGGUCUACGUUGCCCGCAACGCAAAGGACGUGGCCGUCUCCUACUACCACUUCCACCGAAUGGAAAAGACACACCCUGACCCUGGGACCUGGGACAGCUUCCUGGAGAAGUUCAUGGCCGGAGAAGUGUCCUACGGGUCCUGGUACCAGCACGUGCAGGAGUGGUGGGAGCUGAGCCGCACACACCCUGUUCUCUACCUCUUCUAUGAAGACAUGAAGGAGAACCCCAAAAGGGAGAUUCAGAAGAUCCUGGAGUUUGUGGGGCGCUCCCUGCCGGAGGAGACCGUGGACCUCAUUGUUGAGCACACAUCGUUCAAAGAGAUGAAAAAGAACCCCAUGACCAACUACACCACUGCCCCCCAGGAGUUCAUGGACCACAGCAUCUCCCCCUUCAUGAGGAAAGGCACGGCUGGGGACUGGAAAACCACCUUCACCGUGGCGCAGAAUGAGCGCUUCGAUGCGGACUAUGCGGAGAAGAUGGCAGGCUGCAGCCUCAGCUUCCGCUCCCAGCUGUGACAGGGGCUCCCGGGGUCACUGCAGAGGGAACGUGCGAGUCAAGCCUGACCACAGGGCUCAAGAAUAAAGUAUGAUUUUUGGGCCAGGCACAGUGGCUCAUGUCUGCAAUCCCAGCGGUUUGGGAGGCUGAGCUGGGAGGAUCGCCGCAAUAGGCCACGAGUUUGAGACCAGCCUGGUAAAAUAGUGAGACCUCAUCUCACAAAGAUGUAAAAAUAAUUAGCCACAUGUGCUGGCACUCACCUGUAGUCCCAGCUACUUGGGAAGCGGAGGCUGGAGGAUCAUUUCAGCCCAGGAAGUUGUGAAUACAGUGAGUUAUGAUUAUGCCCAUUCACUACAGCCUGGAUGACAGAGCAAGACCCUCCCUUCAAAGAAAAUAAAGUUUAAUUAAAAUAAAA